CUUAACUAAUCUUACACACCAACAAAAAAAUAGACAUCCGAAGCCGACUCAGCCUUAAUAGCGACUAAAUUUGGGUUGGCUUUUCUACUCAUCCAUUAGUCACUUGCCAUUUGCCUUCCAACCCAGUUCCCCACACAGCCAUGAGUCUCGUCGUUGCCGUUGGAGCUGGAGUUGGAAUUGGAGCUGGUCAACCGUUUUUUCAUAGAGGCAGAGGCAGAGGCAGAAGCAGAAGAGUUAGGUUAUUUAAGACUAGAGCAGCUCUGGUUGAAUCGAGACCAAGAAUUGUGCCUGCUGCUGUUACUGUGAGAGAUGACAACAACAACAACAACAGCAACAGCGAUAACUCACAGCUUAUCUAUAGAAAAGGCCUGGAUCGAGCCAAAGAUAUUCAGGCCGAGGCUAGAGCCAUGGCUCGUGCCGCCAAUGCCACCGUCUAUAGCCCCCAACUUCUUGCCCUCAAAUACAACACUCGCCCAAUCAAGGUAUUGCGGAGGACUCUGCAAAUUUUGAUUGCGAUGGGUUCGUUUGGGUUAAAGCUAGCGAUAGACCAAAGGAAUGGUGUGCUGAAUCAAAAUAAAAGAUUGAGGGCCACUGAGCUGAGACGAAUUUUCACUCGAUUGGGUCCUACUUUUGUGAAACUGGGUCAGGGCUUGUCCACUAGGCCUGAUAUAUGUCCACCUGAGUAUCUCGAGGAGCUCUCUGAACUUCAAGAUGCUUUACCGACAUUCCCAGACGAAGAGGCAUUUGCAUGCAUUGAGAGGGAGUUGGAACUAUCACUUGACUCCAUUUACUCAUCCAUAUCUCCACAACCAAUUGCAGCGGCAAGUUUAGGUCAAGUUUAUAAAGCUCAACUGAAGUAUUCUGGACAGAUUGUUGCUGUAAAGGUGCAACGCCCGGGUAUUGAAGAAGCUAUAGGACUUGACUUCUACCUGAUAAGAGGUCUAGGAUUUCUAGUAAAUAAAUAUGUUGACAUAAUUUCCAGUGAUGUCGUUGCACUUAUUGAUGAAUUUGCGAGCAGAGUUUAUCAAGAGCUCAACUAUGUGCAGGAGGGUCAGAAUGCAAGGCGGUUUAAGAAAUUGUAUGCUGACAAGGAAGAAGUCCUUGUCCCAGAUAUUUUCUGGGAUUAUACCAGUGGCAAAGUAUUGACAAUGGAUUGGGUUGAUGGAGUCAAAUUAAAUGAGCAAGCUGCCAUUGAGAAACAAGGAUUGAAGGUUUUAGAUCUGGUGAACACAGGUAUACAAUGCAGCCUCAGACAGCUACUCGAGUACGGAUAUUUUCAUGCAGAUCCUCAUCCUGGUAAUCUCUUGGCAACACCGGAUGGAAAGCUUGCCUUUCUGGACUUUGGAAUGAUGAGUGAGACACCAGAAGUAGCAAGAUCUGCUAUUAUUGGUCAUGUUGUUCACAUGGUGAAUCGAGAUUAUGAAGCUAUGGCUCGUGAUUACUAUGCUCUUGAUUUCUUGUCACGUGAUGUAGAUGUUUCUCCAAUUGUACCAGCACUUCGAAACUUCUUUGAUGAUGCACUUAAUUCAACUGUGAGUGAACUAAACUUCAAAACGAUAGUGGAUGGUCUGGGUGCUGUUUUAUAUCAAUAUCCAUUUAAUGUCCCAGCAUAUUAUGCAUUGAUAUUGAGGUCACUCACCGUACUGGAAGGUUUAGCACUAUAUGCUGAUCCUAAUUUCAAGGUGCUGGCAGCAUCAUAUCCAUACUUUGCUAAAAGGCUUUUAACAGAUCCAAACCCAUAUCUCAGAGAUGCUCUUAUUGAGCUGCUUUUUAAGGACGGGAAGUUUAGGUGGAAUAGACUUGAAAAUCUACUGGUACAGGGAAGAAAAGAUAGAGAUUUUUCUGCAAAAGAUGCUUUACAACCAGUGUUGAAGCUAUUGUUGGGUCCAGAUGGUGAAGAGCUAAGGAAACUAGUAAUUAAAGAAGCAGUCCGUGUGAAUGAAGCUUUUGUUUUAGGCACAGCUAUUGAUACCUACAAUUCUAUCCCUGAUCUUAUGAGGACCCUAAUGUUUAAUGGUAAUGCAACUGGACCUCUUAUGAUGAGUGACACUGAACGGGAAAGCAUGAUAGGGCUUCGAGAUCAAGUGUUAAGGAUAUGGGUUCUUUUGCAAUCUUCUGAAAAUUUUGAUCCAGCAAUUUUACAGCCUAUUUUACAGGUGCUUCAGCAACCUGAGGCACGCAGUCUAGGGGGUCGUGUUAUUGGUGGCAUCACUCAACGUCUUGCUGCACGCUUACUGCAACAAGUACUCCGGGUUCCGACAACUGCUUCUGCUACAACCUUGUGACAAUUGAAACAGUUUUUGGGUGGGGUGGAAGAUGUAUGUUAAUAUAUUUCAUGUCAACCAUGAUUAAAAAAAUGCCUGCCACUAUCUUCUUCCCAUACUUAAAUACUAUCAAUACUUAUAAAAAUAAAUAAAUACUAUCAAUUGAUAAAAUGAAAAAGUAAAAAUCACUUCUGGGAUGUAAAAAUGUGUAUAUGGGGUUGAGCAGGAAAGUUCUUCAAAUUAAUUUUGUCAUGUAAACAAAUUUUUGCUUCAUAGCUCUCUUACAGAACGUGUAGACAUGCAUGGAUGUCAACCCAUUGUAUUACAUUCCAUGUAGCAUUUGAAAUUAGUUUAAUUUAAUUUGUAGACUAUCUAAAGACUUUUUAUAUUAA